UUGCCGAAGGUUCGAGAGAUUUCUGGCUGUACUGGCUGGCUGAGUUAAAAACUAAUAAAAGUGGUACCUGUGAUUAUAAGAUGGCAGGAUUCCCGGUAUAUCCGCAUUUCAACCCGUCCUUGCAGCGGAGUGACCCACUACCCCACGGUUGGGAGAUGCUUUUCGACAGAGGCUCAGGAUUGCCGUACUUCGUCGAUCACAACACGCAAAACACAACUUGGAACGACCCACGAACAGGAAUGACAAUGCCUCCAGCAGGUUACCCUGGUCCGAGAUCUGUAGAGAUCCCUGUGAUUCACGAGAGUUCGAAACCCAGGACGAACCCUCAGUACACCAGUACCUGGCCCCCAGACAACCAAGGUCAGGGCCAAUACCCGCAACAUCAGCAGCAACAACAAUAUCCUCAACAACAACAACAAAAGCAGUAUCCACAACAACAACAAUAUCCACAACAACCGUAUCCACAACAGCAACAAUAUCCACAUCAGCAGCAGCAGCAGUAUUCACAACCGCAACAGCCACAACAAUACCCCUCCGGAAACCAGCCAAGCCAGUUCGAGCAGCCACUGAGGAGAGAGACGUCCUCGCCGAAAGUCAGAGAAAUCCCCGUUCAACGAGUAGACCGACAGAUUCCGACCGCAAGUCGGACCUACCCAGCCGGCUACCCAUACCCUGACAUCCAAGCAAACCACCAGGAACAACAACCGGCUGACGAAGCGAUCACAAUCCCCAUAUGUCGAGAAGACGACGUACAGACUGCGAGGAGGGGUGGACCUCAGCCCGUGCCACACUACAGCAGUAAACCGAUGACGACAAACCGUAGCCACGGAAACGCGGAUGGUUCGGACAGGGGGUCGCCGUCGCCCCGCCCCCAGCGAAAACCGAAGACGGUGGAGGAGCGUAACACAGAGAUCAUCGAGGGCGUCGUGAACACAGUCAGGGAUCUGGAGGCGAAGGUGAACGUCUUCAAUGGACUGAAGGUGGACAAGGAGUACAAGUACUUAGAGGAGAUGCUCACUCGCUGCCUCAUCCAGCUGGACGCGGUGGAGGCCGGCGAUCAUGAGCAGAUCCGACAGGCUCGCAAGCAGGCCGUCAGGAUGAUCCAGACCGCGCUCGACCUACUCGAGCUGAAGGCACAGGCGUAUGCUCAGAACAACGAACAGCAGCAGCAGACUGCGCCCAAUCCGGGGCAGUCCGGUUACGGGAGUCCGGUCGAUGCUGAUGAUGAUAGAAAGUCGAUGGAGACGGAUACCAAUAGUCAUGCGCGGUCGGGAGAGUCUCAACGAGAAGGAACCGGGGAGGAUGGAAUGGAGAUGGGGGAUUCAGGGAGGUCGGGGGAGGAGAGGAAGGGAGAGAAAGGAGAGAAGAAGAAGGAUCACAGUUCGGUGAAGGAGAUGCAGCUGGAUAGUGAGGUGCCGUGUUGAUGUGACUGACUCGCGUACGUGGUCUCACUGCGUGGAUAAUUAUUAUUAUUGUAAUUAUUAUUAUUAUUAGUGUUUACAAAUUUCUUAACCAAGUUUGCACGACUAGUUUCUGGUGAGCAGAAUAUAUUUGUGUGGAACUUUUUUAAAAUUGCACAAACUUCCGUGUGGGUUGGAUUAUAGAUGGUUAUGGGUAUGAAAUCUUUGAAAACAGACACUGUGUUUCACGUACGUGUACAUGGUUAUUUGACCAAUUUUAAAUGGCAGUUCUCUUAAUAUAAUUUUUCAAAAAAUUGUGAAAAUGUAUCCAUUAAUUUCUAAGAUUUUAGAGUACAUAAUUUUCAUUAAUUCAUUUACCCUGUCAAAAACCCUGCUUCUGCUACUGUAGUUGUGUCGACUUGGUUCGGAAAAGUUGAAGAACACCGAUAUAUACAUGUAUGUAUAUACAUUAUUAUUAAUAUUAUUAUUAUUAUUAUUAUUAAUGAGUGCUGACCUACAAGGUGACUGAGCACUCUUUGUUAUCGUUGAGCUAUCGUUUUGACAACAUUUGAAGAAAAAACCCUGAAAAGAAUUAAUAUAAUGGCUUUAAUGUGUGUAAGCAAGUAUGAAUCUUGUGAGAAUAAUACAGCUUACUGGUUGACGUAAACUUUCCACUUGAACACUACUACUGGACUGACAGAACUGAAAUGAACCAAUGUUGCUCUCAGCAAUGUGUGAUGGCCUCAAAAAAAUAAAGAAAGAAAAAUAUUUUAAGGUGUAAUAAAAAAGUGGUUCAUCAUGUGACAUAAAUUUAAAUUAUGUGUAAUUUAACCCUCUUUUUUUAUUUAUUAUUAAUACAGCAGUGCAACCUUUGAUUAAUUCUUAACAUAGCACAGUAAAGUUAAAACGUGUAAAUGCACACAUUAUUUAGUUAACGAGUUGGCAUUCUUGUACAUGUACUAAAAAAAGUCAAAUUGUAGCAGUCCUUUUACCCCAACGAUGGGUGAAGAGUUGUUUGUUGCUACAAACUACUGUGUAGUGUGAUCUUUUGCUUAUUAGAUCAUCAUUCUGAUAAUUAAUUGAAGGAUAACAACAUUUUGUUUUUGAAGUACUGAUAAAUCAUCAGAAAAUGAACAUCUUUUUAUUAAGAGUUUUGAUUUACAAUUUGUCAUAAAGUAGAACAGUGUAGAAAUUAU